UCUCCAUGGCGUGUGUUUGAUCCCCCUCCCUCCUUCCCCCCUCCUCCUCCAUCAUCCUGCUCAUUCCCGUCCUAGCCUCCCAUGCUUUGAGCUCACUCCAGCUGGAGACAGAGUUCACCAUGUCCACCGGGUCUCUCAGCGAUGUCGACGACGAGCUCCUGGACGGCAUCCUGAAGUUUGGCUCCUCCGGCAAAGACUCCAACGAGAGCACGGAGGAGAGCGAGGGUACGUGCGCAAACGACGCACCAGGCAAGAAACGCAAGAAAGGCUCCCGGAAAAGUGCGCCCAAGGGUGUGGCACAGCAGGAGGGCAAGCAUGGGCAGAGGAACGCGGCCAACGCGAGGGAGAGAGCCCGGAUGCGCGUCCUGUCCAAGGCCUUCUCCCGGCUGAAGACCACCUUACCCUGGGUACCGGCGGACACCAAGCUCUCCAAGCUGGACACGCUGCGCCUGGCCUCCAGCUACAUCGCUCACCUCCGGCAGAUACUGGCCAACGACAAAUAUGAAAACGGAUUUAUCCACCCCGUUAACCUGACGUGGCCUUUCAUGGUUGCAGGUAAGCCGGAGAACGAUUUGAAGGAGAUGCUGAACACGACAAGGUUAUGUGGAACAACGGCGUCCUGACAAAACCAAGAGGACACAUCUGUGCGUUGUUGUUGUUUUUUUGUUUUUUUUAUAAAAAGGGACAAUAAUUAUCCAAGACAAAAUAAAAAAGAAAGACAGAUUGUGACAGACAUGAACGUCUCAUCUCCGCAGACUUUGAGUGGGAAUAUCGGAGAGAGCAUCGUGUCUCCUUCGUUCCCGUAUAAAGACAAGUUGAACUUUAUUUAAAUGCAUUCUGUCACAUAUCGUUGUCUUUGCUGGUUCAAAGAUAAACUGCGUGCUUUCAAUUGAUUUUUUUUUAUUAUACUCUGCAGAUGCAUUUUUUUUUAUUGUUUUUUUUACUCAUGCAGGCCUGUUUUGGCGGCUGCAUUAUGAUGAAUGGAUGUGAACGUGAAUCGUGUCCACUGUCUCAAAUUGUACAGAUUACAUGUAUAUAAAAUAUAUUUGUAUCACUUU